GGCAGGCGCGUCGAGGCAGCCCGCGGAGGGCGCUAGGGGACGUCGCGGUGACGUGUUUUUGAAGCGACGGAAGACUUGUUUGUAGUACAGCUUGCAUUUGUUUCACGUCCGACGCCUCUUGAAAUCAAAUACAGAGACCUUCAUCAAGUGGUGAAGUAUGCACGGACGGGUGAAGAUAAAGUCGAGCGCAGCAGGAGGAGGAGAGAAGAGGAAGGAGAGAGAGAAGUUGAAAGCGUUCGUGUGUGCCCCCAGCGGCGCCGUCUUGAAGAAGAGGAGUGCUGGGGAACACGACCAGGAGGCUCUGCAGCUGACUCAGCAGCUCCUGUCCUCGAACCCGGACUUUGCCACGCUGUGGAACUACAGGAGAGAAGUGCUCUUACACCUGGAGACGUUACGAGAGAAGGACGAGGUGCAGAAGCUGUACGAGUCUGAGCUGCACUUUAUCGAGGCCUGUUUGAAAGUCAACCCCAAAUCUUACGGCUGCUGGCACCACCGCACCUGGGUGAACACCCGCCUGCCGCAGCCGGACUGGACACGAGAGCUGGGCCUCUGUGACCGCUGCCUCAGCCUGGACGAGCGCAACUUCCACUGUUGGGAUUACCGGCGCGUGGUGGUCAAGCAGUCCGGUGUUUCCGUGGAGCAGGAGCUGCAGUUCACUGAUCGGCUGAUCGGCUCCAAUUUCUCCAACUACUCCAGCUGGCAUUAUAGGAGCACGCUGCUGCCUCAGCUCCACCCACAGCCGGGCCAGGACUCCGCCCCCAACGCGAGCCCCUUCCCCACAGCGUCGCCUCAGAUUCACUCACACAGGGUCUGCGAGGAGCAGCUUCUUAAAGAAUAUGAGCUGGCGCAUAAUGCCUUCUUCACCGACCCCAAUGACCAGAGCGCCUGGUUCUACUACCGCUGGCUGCUGGGCAGAGCGGAGCGAGAGGAGAUGAUCAGCUGUGUGUACGUCAGCCGGGAGGGAGAGAGGGUCUCCGUCGCCUUCUCCAAACCUGUUCAUGCUCAGUCGGAGGGGCUGAUGCUGGUGUUGGAUGGGCAGCCUCAGCAGGUGGAGUGGAGAAGCGCCCACCCGCGUUUCCGUCACAGUCCUGUCUGGCUGUGUGAUCUUCCUCCCGGCUCCAUCAGCGACAUCAGUAACGAACACAACCUGACGGUCCACUGGACGGAGAAACACUCACACAGAGACUGUGCGCUCUACACAGGCUCUUCUGAAAGCUGGUGCAGAGACUCAGCCACCGAUCAGGAGCUUUUCAGGAGUGAGUUGUCUGUUGAGAAAAGCUCAGUGUUACAGGAAGAGCUUCAGUCCUGCAAUCAGCUGCUGGAGCUCGAACCGCAGAACAAAUGGUGUCUGCUGACAAUCAUACUCCUCAUGAGAGCUCUGGAUCCUCUAGGCCAUGAGAAAGAGACGCUGGCACAUUUCCAAACCCUUAAAGAAGUGGACCCGAUGCGCUCCACCUACUACAGUGACCUCUGCAGCAAGUUUCUGAUUGAAAACACCAUUCUGAAAAUGGAGUAUGCUGAGGUGCGGGUCUUCAGCCUGUCAAACAAGCACCUGACGACCCUGUGUCACCUGGAUCAGCUUCUGUUGGUGACUCACAUCAACCUCUCCUCCAAUCAGCUGCUGCGGCUGCCUCCUCAGUUUGCCAUGCUGCAGUGCCUUGAGGUGCUGGAGGCCGAUGACAAUGCCAUUGAAAAUCUGGAGGGACUGUAUCAUCUGCCUAAACUGGAGGAAGUCUCUCUGAGGAACAACCAAAUCCGUAAGCUGUCUGAUCUUGAAUCGCUGGCAUCCUGCACCAGACUGAUCAGACUGGACCUGCGUGGAAACCCCGUCCACAAAACUGCCAACAUAGAGUCUGAUCUGAGCCAGCUCCUGCCACUGCUUACUGCUCUGUCCCUUUGAUGUGUGUGUGUGUGUGUGUGUGUGUGUGUGUGUGUGUGUGUGUGUGUGUGACUUAAUACCUGUAAGGCAGUAGAGACUAAUUAGAGCUCACUAACCACUUCUGAACUGUACCUCGUUGCUGGACCUAAAGGUGGACCUAAAGGCAUAGUUAAGCCAAAAAUGAAGAUUCGGUCAUUUAUCUGAAGGAUAUUUUGAAGUAUGUUCAUGCUGCUCAUUUCCAUGCAAUAACAGCCCUAAUGUAAUGCGAAUUAAAUUUGAGAGGAAAAUUUAUAGUGCUGUAAUUAGAGGCGUUUAGUGUAUUCUUUUUUUUCUUCUUUUUUUUAUAACACUAUACAUGUGUGGAAAGGAAUAAGAAGGAGAGCUUAUUUCAUUUUUGGCCGAGCUAUGCCUUUAAAACCCUUGUCUGUAUGUAUAUCUGUGUUGGUGUGAUAAAUGACGGUUCACAUUUCAGUAAAAGCUGACCUCUAUACAAACUCCUCACUGCAUGCUAAAAGAGAGAAAUGUUUUGCCACAUCUGCUUGUAGCUCUUGAAGUCCUGAGGAUCCUUGUUUGGGCAGAAAUAUUGUUCUUGCAGUGUAUCGGUGAAGAUGCAGAUAUUUGGCUGUAAUGUUUCUUGUACUGUAUCAUUUUUUUUUGCUCUGCAGAAGUCAAGCAUUUGUGGUGUGAAAACUGCAGUCUCCAUAACAAUAAAGAAAUUUUCUUCCCUGUG